UUUUUAAAUUUAGUUUGUGAAGUAGAAGAUGUCCGGAGAAGGAGAGAAGCCCAUUGAGACACCAGAGGAGGAGUUGGAGGCCAACUAUAAGCCACCACCAGAAAAGACUAUUGAAGAGAUCCUGGAGGCAGAUAAGGAGGAUGAGAGCUUACGGAAGUACAAAGAGACACUUCUGGGAGAGGCAGGAGAGAGGAAGAUAAUUGUUGAUGAAAGUGAUGAGCGCAAGGUGAUAGUUAAGCGACUGGCACUGUGUGUGAAUGACCGGCCAGAUGUGGAGCUAGACUUAACAACAGACUUGAAUGAACUUAAGAAACAGGUGUUCAUCAUCAAGGAAGGGGUUUCUUACCGGAUCCGGAUUGACUUCAUUGUUCAGAGAGAGAUAGUUCAUGGGUUAAAAUAUGUGCAGAAAACUUAUCGGCUGGGUGUGCCAGUGGAUAAGAUGACGCAUAUGGUUGGCUCGUACCCUCCUAAGCCAGAGCUGCAGAGCUACACGACGCCGCAGGAGGAGGCCCCGGCAGGGCUCAUGUCUCGCGGCACCUACACGGUCCACUCACUCUUCACUGAUGACGACAAGAAUCAACACCUCAAGUGGGAGUGGUGCUUUGAGAUCAAGAAGGAUUGGAAGGAUUAGAGGCAGCGAAGGGCAGUAGAGUGUACAUAAGCCAUGUAGAGGCCAACGAGAGGAGGAACAGUCGAUUUGUGCCUGAGAGUUUCCAAAGUGAGGUUAUGUUUCACGAUUGAGAUUAGAUUUUUAAUAGUAAGGUUAAAUUACUAAGAAGUGAGGUUACACUCAGAAAUCUUUGGCGACUAAUAAUAAUUUUACGAAAACUGUUUAUUUCUCAAUAUGUAAAGUAUUUUGUACCAAAAGUUUAUAUUUAAUUAAAGUGCAUUAUUUUUUAUUGGUUGGGCUCAAUAUUAUUGUAUUAAUCAAUUAAUGCCCGAGCGAUGUGCAAUUUGAAGUUAUUGAAGUCUAUUUUAUUAUUGUCUUAAGUAUUAUUGAAAUCAGUUAGGCAUUUGAGUAAGUCUUUGUUAUCAAUGCAACUUAUACAAGUUAUAUCCAAGCAGUAUUUUAUUAGAUAAUAAACACUUAUUUAAAUAUUCAAAAGUUCCGUAAAACCUAAGUAACUUGUGUAUCUCUAAAUGAAACCAUAAAUAUUUUGUAUAAAUGUACGGAAAUUUUGUCUGAUAAUAAAAGUCCCAUGUCAUUUUAGACUGCCAAUUUCACAUAAUCUUUUAGGUUUUUGUAGUUGUAGCAUUCCAAUAAAAAAACAUUGGGAGUGAUGGUAAUUUAUUAGUUUAUAUAAUUUUUUUAUAAAACUGCAUUUACAAACCAGCAAUGUCAUAGCUGGGUCAGAUAGGGAUUUUUAUAUAGUUUUAAAUCCAGCAUAGUAGUGUUUUAUAGUCCAACAAAUGUUUUUGUACGUUAAACUUAGUUAAAAAAAUGUAUUUAGUUUUUCAAAAAACUUACUACCUUCUUGCCUUUUCAAACAAAUGAAACUCCUUCUAAUAUUGAGUGCUUUCCAACCUUGACCAAGCAUUUCAACCAUCGUCUUUCACUUUUUAUAUUGAUAUGUAAAAAGAUACAAUAGAGUUCUGUUAGUCUGUAUUCCAUUAAUUUGAAAAAUACUUCAUACAGAAAAAAUAAGUCAUUAAAUUGUCGAAAUAUAGCAUAUUCAACUAGACAAAUUGAAAGUUUUCAACAGACCUGAAUCAAUCAAAACUUGACAAGUCCAGAUGAUCCACACUUGAAUCAUGGGAUGAUGAGAUGCAACGUGUUGCGUUUGAGCUCUGUAAACACACGCACUAUUAUAUUUAUUUUAUGUUAUAAGUAGAGAUUUAUGGUCUAGAAGAACAUUUCAAGUUGAUAGGGUUCAGUGUGGAUCAUCAACGAAACUAAGUGGAGGAUAUAGAAAAUAAUAAUUCCUCCAGGAAUGCAGAAAACUUUCAUCCUCAAAAUUUAUAAAUAACUUCACAAACAUUAUAAAUUAUUACAGUAUUGAACUGAAUAUGCUAUACUGGACCACAAACCUAUGAUUGUAAUAUGCAAUAGAGUCUUAUCAUUUAAACUGUUAAGGAAGUAGAUUGUGCCUUGGGAACGUAUAAAACUCAGACUAAAUAGAAAUAUUAGCAAAAUAUAAUCGUUACGGGAACGUAUAAAACUCAGACUAAAUAGAAAUAUUAGCAAAAUAUAAUCGUUACAGCAAUAACAGUUUUUAUAGUAGAAACUUUGUGGCUAAGUGCAAUGUAUAGAAAGUGCAAAUGGGCUAUUUCAACUCAAGUAUGGGUUGAGCAAGUAUAGUAACGUGUAAUGCAUGCAGUUUGAUUGUUGUUUUGUAUAAUUUUGUUCCAAUAAGUAUUUUCCAACCCAAAACCACCUCUUUGAAAUAGAUGGAACCAGGACAAACUGAUAUUAAUCACGACUUAGCUUUUAUUAUUUUAUGUAUUGUUCCUAAUGCAUAUAUUUAAUCAUUUAAACACUUAGUAAUCCUAAAAGACUUUGAUUCAAAUUACAUCACAUUAACAUUGCUCUAUUGUAUUAUAAUUUAGACAACAAAAUUGUUUUUGCAGACCAAACAAAAUGUGUUUUAACACUAAGCCUACCAAAAAGUGAUAUGAUAUAUUCUGAAUAUUUAAGAAUAUGGUUCAAUAUUUCAUAUAUUGUUGAAAUUUUAAAGUUAAAUAUCUCAAUACUGAAAUGUUAUAAUCAAUCUACGCUCGAAUUUACUGGAUACAUCAAUAAACAUUGUCUUUCCUACUCUUGUCAAUGAAGAUUUAUAAGUAUUUUAUAGACAAUAUAAGCAAAUGUGUAGGCCUAGAAAUAAUGUUUUGUUUAUUAUUAUCACUGUCAGUAUUGUUAAAGAGUUUACACUGUUGGUAUUUCGUAUGCAAUUUUAUGCAAUCCGUAUACUCAUUCAUCAAGUAAUAAAAGGUUACACUAGGACAUAGAUACUAGUCAAAUUGUAAAAAUACAAUAAAAUACCUGAUAGGUUAAAAUACUUUAUUACACUUUUAGAAGCCAUUUAAAUAUAACUUGUUUAAAACAUUUAAUCUUAUGAAUAGUUCAGUAAUUUCUGAAUUUAAAUAGUUGCAAAAUUAAAUGGUAUAAUGAUGUUUUAAAUAUCAAACUAAACUGUGUAAUGUAAUAAUAAUAAUAGCAAUAUAGAAAUCAUGGAAGGCAAGGUACUUAUACUUUAGACCCUUGGCAUGGGUCAGGGAUGUGCAGGUUUCUUUAAAGUUCCUUUUAAUACAAUCUUUUUAUAUUAAAAAAAUAUUAAUACAAUAUUUGUGUAAAAAGUUGCUCAAUCAUUUUUUUUACAAACUUCAAAUUAAUUUUGAUAAAUCAACAGUGUUAAGAGAAUUGUUUUCAUAACAAAUUUAAUAUAUUUAUUACAACUGUUCUUUAGAACAAAAGUAUUUCCUUUAAUUUGAGUAAUUUAUUUUUAUUAAAUUUAAUUAAUAAUAACUUGAAUAAAGAAAAGCUAUGUAUCAUAUUUAAGUGUUAAAAAAUCAUAUUUAUUUUUAUUGUGUUUUAUAAAAAAUAAAAACUUUGCAUCGCUAAUGGCAACUUUAUAAUGUUAGCUAAUACACGUAAAUACAUUAAAGGAAGAAUUAUUUUAAAUUUCUUUUGUGACUUAGAAUUUGUUUAUUGCUUUGCUCAAAGAUGGUUCCUUAUCUCUUGUUUGCAAGAAAAUUAAGCGCUUCCUUACGCCAUUCUGUUUAUCACCUUGUCGCCUUAUAUUCGUGAGUGUGUGUCAAUAAUAAUAAUAAUUUUUUAGAGCGCAGCAUUUCGGGCCUCUCAUUAGGCCAUUUUUAGAAAUGUGCGACAAUUCAGUUGAUUAUCAAGCAAAAUAAGUUUUUUACCCAUUGAACCAAAAAAAUUAUAUUUUAAUUUUACAAAUUCAUUUUCUAGUCAGUGUGGAUUUGAUAACUGAAGUAAUGUAGUGCUUUUGAAAUUAAAUUGUGUCAAAUACUGUGUAAUUUUAUUUGUUGCACAUUCAAUUGCUUUUUGGUUAAAGUGUGUCUGCUAUGACUGGGCAAGUAUUUGGUUCAAGGGUAAAAGGUUUAAUUGCUCAGGGAUUUUUAUUGUGAAAUAAAAAAUGAUUGUAAGCGCAAGUGAGCUUGGUGCUUCCGAAAAUUUAUUUUUUCAAAAUAACUUAUGUUGUAUUAAGCCUUGUGUCGUGCUGUAUUUUGUAUAUUAAAAUGUUAAGAAACAAAAAUAAAUAUAUAUAUUAUAUAUAUGUAA